CGUAAACCUAAUUCAGGCUUCACAAAGAUGGAGCGGACUCAAGAUCACAACAGGGCACUGAAACGCCUUAAUGUCUUUAAUCGGCAUUUAUCACCGCCGUUAGCAUGUUUAACUCAACAGCAAACAUCUUCUGGCUCAUCACUUCAAGCAGGACUGUCAAAUCAAAUUCAGUAUGUCCUGAAGAACAGUAUUCUGACAGCAGAACAGGAGAAAUCAUACCAGGAUAAUGGCUUCUUGGUUAUUCCCAAGCUUGUACCUCAUCAAAAAAUUGAUAUGUACAGGAAGGAGUUUGAUAAAAUCUGUGAAGGGCAAAAUAGACUACGUUCUAUGACAAUCAUGAAGGAUGUCGCCCUCAGAACAGCUAGUGGUGAAAGAGCAAUAAAUAAACUCCAAGACUUUCAAGACAAUGAAGUCUUAUUCUCAUACUGCUGUCUGCCAGAGAUAUUGCAAUAUGUAGAGUGUUUUACUGGACCUGAUAUCAUGGCCAUGCAUACAAUGCUUAUCAACAAACCCCCAGAUCCGGGAAGCAAGACCUCAAGACAUCCCAUGCAUCAGGAUCUACAUUACUUCCCAUUCCGACCAGCCGAAAGCAUUGUGUGUUCCUGGACAGCCAUGGAAAAAGUACACAGACAGAACGGAUGUCUUGUGGUUGUUCCAGGAUCUCACAAGGGACAGUUAAUGAGUCAUGAUUAUCCUAAAUGGGAGGGAGGUGUUAACAAGAUGUACCAUGGUAUAUUGGACUUUGAUGAAUCUGCUCCUAGGGUCCAUCUUGAGAUGGAGAAAGGUGAUACGGUCUUCUUCCAUCCUCUCUUGCUACAUGGAUCUGGAGCUAAUAAAACAAAUGGAUUCAGGAAGGCAAUAUCCUGUCAUUAUGCAUCAUCAAACUGCCAUUACAUUGAUGUUGAAGGAACAACACAGGCCAAUAUGGCAAAUGAAGUUCAUGAGCUUGUGAAGAAGAGAUUGGGAGAAGAAGUAGAAGUAGAUAUCAAGGACAUAUGGUGCAUCAAAGGAAGACUAGUCAAAGGAGAACGUAUCAGCUUGUGAACCAAGACAAGGUAUGAUCAACAACAAUGAAGAAUUUAAUUUUAGAUACUGGAUAUGACAGGAAAUAAACUGAUUGAGCAGCUAGGAAAACAAUAUUGCUUUUCAUGUACAACUUUACUUGUCACUCCUCUAAUAUGCUUCUAGUCUUCAGGCCAGAAUCUUUGUUGUCAUACGUGAUUGGUUCAAGUCGCGGUUGGGUCCAUGCUUAUUUCCAUUUGAAUGAUGUUUAAGAAUGCUGAUUGUAUUAUGUAUACUGAUGUACUUUAUUUUGUCUUACUAUUAUCCUCACCAGGGUGGAAAUUCUAUGGCUAUGUCAAGUUGCUCCAUGCAAAUAAAGAUUGGACACUGUUUGAAGUUAAUAGUCGAAUAUAACAACACUCAGAAAUAUAAAUCCAGAAAUGACGCUCCCUAUUUGCCCUCGCUUUCUCGCUCAAUGAAUAUUAAGAUACGAAGCCAGCUGCAGAUUGUGAUUUUGGCUCUGAAAAAUUAAGUAUGAAUAGCACUCCCAGAACCGCAUCAGUGAUCAGCGCUCUGAAACUGCGUUUGAAAAUACUGAUUCGGUCUUCGCAAUGGAAGCAUAAACACACCCUCAGAUAUCUUAACAUUUCACAUUUUCAGCUUUCCCGUCUACUUGUUAAACUUGGAUUGUUGACAUUCGAUAGUGAUUUUGGGUACAUUUUCACCCAUUCCCAUUUUCCAGUAAUUCAAUAAAAUACAUUCUCAUGUUGAUGAUUACCGUAAUGCUGGAUUAUAUUGCUUGGCAAUAUUUUUAUUAUGGGAAGUAAAUCACUAUUCAUUGACAAAAAUGCUGCUCUGUAUUGCUUUAAACUAACGCAGAACUUCUUAACUUGGUACCCAAAUGCCUUCUUUUGAAGGACAAGCACCGAUAAAGACCUACUUUCAUCCCCCCUUUCCCUGUUUUCACAGAAUUGUAGCUCACAGACUUGGCGAUAUAUCAUGUUAUCAGCAGUAUUUUGCUGGCGAUAAUUGACUAACAUUGAAAUCAAAUAUCAACCAGCACUACUUGAUUAAUGUACUUAUGUGUAACUUUGUAGAUUAUGUAUUCACUUUCAUUUUAAGCCUACUAUCAUUUGUGAGGGAAAAAAAUGGUUAUUACUACCUCUGUUACUAUAUUCAUGCAUAUAUUACAGCACCAUUUCAUGUUAGGCCAAAAUUAAGUAAUUGUGUUCAGUUCAAAUUCAAAGUUUCAUUGUUUGAUGAUAAUAUAAAGUAGUCAAAAUUACAUUGUUGAUUAUUGAAUUUAACUGUUAAUGCAUUCUACUACAAUGUGACAGAGUCAAUGUUAUUCAGUUGCAAAUAUUUGAAGCAUUGUUGCUAUCUCAAAAGACAUCAUCUUGGAGUAUAACUCUUAGUACUAAAUCAAUUUCAUUAGGUGUACAUUUUCAAGCAAAACAUGUUAUUUACAUUAUAUUUGACAAACAAUCUAAUUGCAUUUCAGGUUCUCUUUCUAGUCUUUAAUUUGACUAAUUCAAACCAAUUUUCACAGUACUUUUUAACUUCAACCAUAACAUAAAAAAAUUAAGUCUACAAUGUUGUUUAGAUGGAAAAUUUAUUCACUGUAGUGUGUUAACUAAGCAGAUUUUCAAGAAGUACAUAUAAGGUGCUUGAAUGUUGUUUUAU